AUGGAGAAGCUCAUGCACUUCCUCUUCUUGGUCUUCUGCUCAGCAUCCUGUGCUGCAGAGAACAUCACUGUGGUGUACGGAAUGGAGGGGGACACCAUUUCUAUCAACUGCACCUACAACCCCUGGCAGCAGCGCUGGAGAGAGAAGAGCUGGUGCAAGCAGAUCGACCAGACCAAGUGCCAGCAUGUGGUGAGCGCCCGACGCUUCUGGCUGCCGUUCUUGAGGAACAGGAAUGGUACCACCUCUAUCAGUGACAAUGUCCAUGAUGGGGUCCUGACAGUGACCAUGAAGCGACUCAAGAAGCAGGAUGCUGGGCUGUACCAGUGCAAAUCUGACUUCCUGGGGGAAAGAAACAGCUUAAGGAAGGUGCAAGUGGAAGUGCUGACAGCUGUCCUGGAGACCCAAAUGCCAGAGGAGCCUAGUGCUGUGCAGAGCAUCUCCAGCAUCCCACCUGAAGCUCAUUUCACUGUCUUCUACAUCAUUGCUGGAUUCCUGGUUACAAAGUUCAUGGCGGUUGUGCUGAUCUUCAUCAUUGGCUACAGCAGAAAGAGCAGAGACACAGAGCAGAAGAACCCAAGCUUGAAUGAGCAGCAGGUCCUCUCUUUCACUGGUGACCUUGCACAUCAUGGAGCCAGCCCCUCCUGGGAGAUCACUGCUUAG